AUGCAGUCUCUCGGCGGCGGGGGCCCCGUGUGCUGGAUCAAAUCCCGCGAGCUGGCCUUCUCCUUCGGUCGCACGGCCCUUGGCCCGGCUCUCAUGAGCGAGCAGGACGGCUUCGAGUCGACCUCCAACUUCGCCAGCCAGGAAGAUCUGCCGCCCGUGCCAAAGAUCCUCCAGCAGUCGCCAGACCUGCUGGUCCAGCUGCAGCCGGUCCCCACAUCGCCAGCUACCCCGGACGCCUUCAAUCUCCUGUGUUGGGGCAUUCGCGGUGGCCUUGGCGAUGGGGCCCCGCCGAAGCAUGCCUUCGCCCUGCAGCACCGCCGGGCCCUGUACCGGCCGAGUGCCGGCAAGCUGGACAUCAGCCGGGUUCUUUGGUCGGCCGAGUCGCGCCUGUCGCCGAGCAUGUUCUCCAUCGGCCUCGGUGGCGGGGCUGUCGGCCUGGUGGCCCUGGCGUCGACGGGUGGCUGUCCCGACCGGCCGACGCUCUUCCCCAGCUCGGUGGUCCUGAUGCGCUUUGACAUUCCAACGGCCUUCCAGGUGUCGCCGUCGUUGUCGGCCGGGCCGCGGCCUGGGCCCCUGCUCCGGGCCCCGGGGCGUCCGGCUGGCCCCCGGCGCUUCGGCCCGGCGUCCGCGCUCUCGGUGACCGCCAUCCUGUCGAGCCACAUCGCGCCGGCUUCGGCCCUGUCUCUGGCAUCGCCGCUGGCUGGGUCUGUCUCGGCGGCCGGGCGCAUUGUCCUUUGGGGCGGCACCCCGCCCGCCCGGUCGACCAGCGGCCUGCAGGAGGGUCUGGCCAUCUAUCCGACCGGGUCCCUGCGGUUCAUGGCCCCCGGGGCCGAGCGUGGCCCGGACCUGCUGUCCAUCGUGCCGGACUCGGCGGGAAACCCGGUGGCCGUGACCUAUGCCACGGCCAAUCGCAUGCGCAUGGUGCCCCUGGCGCAGGGCGGCCCGGGUGGCUCGGUGUCCUACCAGUCGGUGGAGCCGGCCCCGGAGGCCGGAUCCGAUGACAUGGCCAGCGGCCCGGCCGCCGGGCGCUUCAUCAGCAUCAUCCCGGUGACGGUGCGCGACGACCCGACCACGGCCGGGGAUGAUUCCCCCCCGCCGGUCCUGUCCAUGGGCUUGACGGUCACCGGGCGCCUGCACUUGGUGGGCCCGUGUCACUUUGCCGAUGGGUCGACCACGGCCCUGCUCGGGCCAUGGGCGGCCCCGGGCCCGGCACACCGCCGUGUGGGCCGGCCACUGCAGGCCGGGCUCAUUUGGCUGGCCUCCGACCGGCUGGGGCUGCUCCAUUACCGGGCGUCGGCCUGUUCGGUGGGUCGCCCGGCUACCGGGCUCGGGGGUGAUGCCCUGGCCGGGACCCCGGCCCCGGCCGCCGUGGAUCCGGAAUCGACUCCCUCCUCGUCGCCGCCCUUCCCCCGGCGCUUGGUCUACGUGCUCACCGACACCGGGCUGCUGAUCCUGUGGCGCUUGGUGCUCAAUGCCGAUGACAGCCGGCCGGAUGACGACCUUCUGGUGGAGCUCCGCCCGGUGGGGGCCCUUUGUGUGGGGGACCUCCUGGCCACGCCGGCCGCGCCGGUCAGUUUGGCCCUGCGUCUGACCCCGGUCGAGCAGCUGGCCGACCAGGGGUGCGGAAGCGCGGCCCUACGCACCGAGGCCGCCGGGUCCGGGGCUUCGCCCCGGCUGGCGGUCUGGCGCUCGGACAUGGGCGCCUGCGGUCCCGGGCUCCCUCAUGGGCUGGUGCUGCACUUUGGCUUGUCAUUGCCGCGCGUGGCCGGAGGAGCCAAUGCCCAUGUGGCCGAGGGUGGCUCGGCCGAGGCCCCGCUCGGCGACAUGGAUUUGGCCGCCUGGGUGGAAUUCACCUUCCGCCUGCCGGACUCCUCCCCCAAGCCGAUGUCCAUCACCGGGUUUUCGCUCCAGGAUCUCACCUCGGCCCUGCUGACCGGGCACGGUGUCCUUCAUGGGGUAAGCCCUGGCGACCACCGGCCGCGGCUGCUGCAUGCGCUGGCCCGGCUCCCGGCCAGCCUGCUGACCAGCUACCUGGCCAGCCCGCUGGUGGCCAACUCGCCGGCGCGUGAGGCGGACUCCCCGGCGGCCGCCGGCAUCCCGCCCCUGGUGCGCAGUGUCCUACUGAGCAUCCACGCCUCAUUGGUGAAGCUCCUGCCGCGCCAGCGCCAGGACAGUCCGGGGCUCAACACCCAGGAUGCCGGCGCCCUGGACCUGGAUGUAUACCGUUGCGCGGCUCCGGUGCUGGAUCUCCUGCCAACCGGUCCCCCGCUGCCGAGCGCCGGUGGCACGGCGGCCGGGGCCCGUUCGCCGGCCGGCGGCCUGGCUCUUGGUGGCGAUGACGCCGGCGACACCGAGGUCGACAUCCUCUCCGGGGCCCUGGGCCGGGCCGGGGCCAAGCGCCCUGGUGCCGGGGAUAGCUCCGACGAGCAGAGCCUCUCCAAGUAUGACGACUUGUUCGGCGGGCCGAGCUUCGCCGAGGAGCCGGCCCUCGGCAUCGCGGAGGACCUGCCCACCGGCGGCGAGGUGCGCGAAACCCGUGGCAUGUCCUUCUUCGCCAAUGCCACCGGCGAGCCGGAGUUCGAGCACCUUAAGCAGCUCUACUACUGGCUCGAUGACCAGGCCCUGCUGCCGACGCUCUCGGUCCUGCUUGGCCUGAGUGAUGUUGAGAUUGGCCAUCUGCGCGGCCUGACGCGGCUCUUCUUGUCGAUGCCCGACUCGCUCGGCGACUCGGCCUCCAUCCGGUUCCUGUCGGCGGCCGUGCGCCUCGGGGACCCGGUCGACACCGGCUUCUAUGACCGGUAUGGGGAUGAGUCGAUUGUCGAUGCGGCCCCCGGCGGGGCGACCGGCUCCGGGACCGAUCCCCGCGCCGGGCAGCUCACCUAUGCGGAUUUGUCCUGGGCCGUGCACGCCCCGGCCGAGGUGCAUCCGCUCAUGCUGCGAUCCUGCGCGCAGAUGCUGCUCGACUGGCGCGUGCGUCAGCGUCAACGUGCCGCGGCGGCCGCCGGCACCACCGCCCCGGCCCCUAGCCCGGAUGCCGAGACCCUGGACUCCUUCCGCUGGACGACCGAGCGCCUGUGUGCCAUCGGCGCGCCGCUCUGGUACGGGCUGGACCCGUGUGUCGAGGCCGGGGCCGGGCACGGUGCUGCCGCGGAGCCCCCGCCGCUGAGCCCCUCCUUCGCGGAUCUCCUGGACGCCUGCUGCAAGGGGGCCUACCUCCGGCGGCGCGAUCCGUGGGACUGCAUGCUGCUGUAUCUGGCCCUCGGCCGCCAGGCGGCCAUCCUUGGGCUGUGGCGCGUGGCGGCCGGCUCCGGCCGGGCCGAUGCCCAGCGCCUGGUCGGGCUCCUGAGCCGGGACUUCGGGUCGGACCCGCGCGCGGCCAAGGCCGCCCAGCUGAAUGCCUACGACCUGCUGGCCAAGCGCCGGCCGCAUCAUGCGGCGGCGCUCUUCAUCCUGGGUGGCGAUGCGCCGGGCGCCGUGCGCGUCCUCCGCCGGCAUGUGGGCCUGAUGGAGGCGGCCCUGGUGGCCCGGGCCCUGGACCACACCACCGGGCACCGGACCACGCAGCCCGGCCCCCAGCUUCGGGCCCUCCUUCAAGCCGAGGCCCUGCUGCUGCAGGGGGAGUGGUAUCGGGUGGCGCGGCCGAGCCCGGCGGCUGCGGGCGGCCGUGCCACCUCCUGGCGCCGGCCGGAUGCCUGCUCGGCCCCGGUGGCUUUUCCCCUGCUGUCCAACAGCCGGGGGCUGGGCGGCCGGGCGGCCGGCGCGGCCCCGGCCCUCGAGGGCCAGUGCUGGUGCGCCCCGGCCGGGCCCGCGCCCAAUGCCGGGUCCCUGGCCGAUGGGGGCCUGGUGUCGCCCUGCAUGCUGACCGAUGGGGAUGCCUCGGCCGCGGCCGAUCCCUGGGCCUUCCACCUGUGUCAUUGGUUCCUUGGGCACCGGGAUCUGGCGGUGCGGUGUCUGUUCCAAUUGGACCCGGCCCAGCACCAGGUCACCCCGGGGUCGGAGGAUGUCCCGGAGACCCUGCUCGGCCCGGGCUCCGCGGAUCCCAUGCACACGGUCAGCCUGAUGGAAUGGCUGCGGCUGCUUAGCCGGUACCGUGGCGCCAGGUCGGCCUCGGGGCCGGGCCCCACGCCGGGCACCGAGCUGCUGUCCUACCCGCAUCAGGAGUCCCUGAUGCUGACGGCGGCCAGCCACCUGCUGCAGGUGGCCCUGCCGGAGUCCGGGCGUCUUGGCGGCACCAGUGUGCAAAUUCUGCCGGCUGGCGAUUCGCUGGUCGGUGUGUUUGCGGUUUUGCGCAUCAUCAGUCGCGUGCUGCGGUCCAUUCGGGCGUAUGCGGCCGAUGUGUCGGAGGCCGUGGCGGCGGUGCGCGAGGCGGCGGCCGCGGCCGCGGCCGCGGCUGCCAGCAUGCCCCCGCGUGCGGCGGCGGCCGCGGUCUCGGCGGCCGUGGCCCUCGAGUCCCUUGGCCUCGGGCUGGCGGAUGGCACCUCGGCUGCGGCGCCCUCAGCCCGGAAAUCCGCCUUCGACUCGUUCACCUUCAGCGAUGCCAGCAGCUCCUCCGAGUCCGAGGCCGACGAGGCGGCCGACAUGUCGGACAUGUUCCGCCCGGCCCCGGCCCCGGCCCCGGUGCGCAGUGCCUUCGAUAGCUUCUCCUUCGGCAGCGACUCCGAGGAGGAGCCGGCGGCCCCGGCCCCGGCCCCGGUGCGCACUGCCUUCGACAACUUCUCCUUCGGCAGCGAUUCCGACGAGGAGUCCGCCUCGCCGGCCGAGGCGCCCUCCUUCAGCUUCAAGCCGGCCCCGGCCCCGGCUUCGGCCCCGGCCCCGGCCGCCCGGUCGAUCUUUGACAGCUUCGACUUCGGCGGCGAGUCUGACGCCGAGCAGCCGGCCGAUGCCGGGGCCGAGCCCCCGGCAGCCGGCACGACGGCCGACACGUCGCCGGUGUCCUUCAACUUUGCCCGGCCGGCUGCCUCGGCCCCGGCGGCGCGAUCCAUCUUCGACGACUUUGGCGCUGGCGGCCCCCCGGGCCCGGGGUCCUUCGACUUCGAAGCGGCCCCGGUGAUUCAGAAGCGCCGGACUCUGUUCGACUCCUUCUUUGCUGAUGGUCCGACUGCCCCGGCCUCGGCCGGCACCGACGGCGCCGAUGCCGGCGGCCCGGAUGCCGGCGGCCCGGAAUCACCGGAGCACACCCCGGCGUCGCUGCUGGUGGCCCGACACUCGCCACACCUGUUGCUGUCGCUGCAUGCGGUGUCAUUGUCCCUGGCGGAGCAUGCCCUUCUUGGCGCCCUGCCGGUGGCCGUGAUGACCCGGCGAUUCAGCGAGCUGCUUGAGGCCGCGCGGCGUUUUGUCAACGACGCCGGUGGCCUGACCGCCCCGCGUGUCGCUCCUCAGCCGGGUGGCGACCCGCGCGCUGGGAUCUCCGAGAUCCAGCUGGUCGAGGUUGACCGCCAGGCCCUGCAGUUGGUUGAUUCGCUCACCUGCCUGGCCCUCUCCUGGAGUGACAGCUCGGCGAUGGCCCCGCAGCCGGAUCUGCCGCCGGGUGGCCCGGACACCGGUGUCCCGCUGGAGCGUCUCUUCAGCCGCCAGCCGCCCAACUCGCCGGCCCUGCUGACCGCCGGGCGCCGAGACACCACGCCGGAGAUUCAGCUCUUGCGCAUGUCGCACCGGUCCCAGCGCUGGGCGUCGGCCUGCCUGGCGCUGCUGGCACAGGUUGUUCCACACAAGACGGCCAGCCGGCCGUCGGCCGGCCAGCGCCUCGAGCUCAGCCCAGUCACCCUGCCCGAGACGUCCAGCCUGCUGGACGCCACCUUUGCCCUGGCCGAGAGCCUCCCCUUCGAGUCGCCAAUCCCCAAGGCCAUCUUGGUGCAUGUGGCCACGGCCCGGGCGCUGGCCGUGGUGACCUCCUCCCUGCAGCAGAUUGCCACCGGGUCCGGUGCGGUUGAUUGGGACUCGCUGCUCUGGUGUAUGGAUGUCCUGUCCAAUCCGGACGCCCGGCCACGUCCGCUGCCGAUCCCCAUGUCCAACCUGCGGCUCCUGGAGGCCCCGGACUUUGAUGCCGGCCAGCCACUGUCCCAAGCCGAACAGCAUCUGGCCAAUCUUCCGGCGGAGUUUGUCACCGAGGAGGAUGUCCGCCUGGCGGACAUGUGGCGCCAGAUGCGCCGGCAAAAGGCCCAGGAUGAGCAUGCCGAGAAGCUGCGCACCAUGAUGUCGGCCUUUGUGGCGGUCCUCCGGGCCCUGGCCAAGUCUCCGGAAUCGGCUCUCUCCAUCCGGUCGGCCAAUCGGCUGGAUUCGGUCACCGCGGCCGCCAGUUGCCACCGUGAUGCCAUUGAGGCCAUCGCGGACCGGCUGCAGUUCAUGCUGGUUUGCAAUGACGAUGCGGCCGCCUCACCGGCUUUCCCGCUGAAGGACCUCGGUGUGAAUGCCUUCCGAUCGGUCGAGUUGGCCAACCGCAUCACGCGCAAGCAUCUGGCCAGCGACUCGGACCCCCUGCGUCGGCUGAUCCCCUCGCCGGAUGACAUUGCCCAGGCAGUAGCCAUCAGUGACCAUCCCAUCCGGUCGUUCGCUGUCAGCUCUGAGGUCGGGUCCCGCCGGGUGGUCCUCUGCUCCGGGGACCAUCUGUUCGAGUUCAACCUGCCCGGUCCGUCGACCGUUCCCAAGAUCCCGGGCCUGGUGCUGGCGGCCGCCACCGGUGGUCAGUUCUCCCCGAGCUUCGGCAUCCGGCAGAUGAUCUACGAGAAUACGCAUGUCUCGUCGGACCCCGCGUCCGGGCAGGCGCUCUUCCGCAAGCGCCAACACCGGACCUCCGCCACCUCCCCCGGGUCCUCUUCCACCUCCGCCUCCUCGACUGGGGGUGGGGACUCCUCGGUGUCGGCCUCAUCGAUCGGGUCCUUCUUCAGUCGCAUUCGCACGAAGCAUAUCCGGCCGCGGUCUUUCGUCAAGCUAACCUGCGUCUCUGCCUUUGUCGGUCUUCUUUACAUUGUUUCCCUGGGGCGCCGCGUUCGGGUGCAGAGCGAGAAGAGCCCAUCCCGGUCCUCGUCGAACUUGCUGCUUGACGCGCCGGAGCCCGUGGCCCCGUCGGCCGGUGCCUCUCCGGCCUCUGCUCGCCCGCAGCGCUACUCCCUCCAAGCGCCGCCGGUGUCCAUCUCCACAUAUGACCCGCUGAUUCGGCCCAAGUGCGCCAGUGACAUCAUCGCCUCUCACCCGGAGCUACCAUACUACAUCACCGCCGAUCCCGACCGGCCGCAGCUCCUUCUGUGGCAAUUCCGCCGCCCGGGGCCGAUGUUGACCUUUGCCCUGCCGCCGCACCUGGACGAGGCUCACUUUGGCCAGCUGACGUGUGCUCGCUUCGACAGCACUGGCUCCCGCGUGGCGGCCGGCACCAGCGCCGGGCAUGUGGCCGUGUGGGCCUUCACCGCGCCGGAUGCCGGGGCCUCUCUGGUGGCCGAGGAUGAUCGCCUGCAUGAGCUCCUCUCCGGGCAGGCGGUGGUCUUCCCCACGAACAUCCUGCUCGGGGCCCAUCGAAAUGGCUCCCCCGUGGAGGACCUCAUCUUCUUCGACUCCGUCGGGCGCCUGGCCACGGCUGGCUCGGCCCCGCCCAAGGGCGAUGCCGGCAGCUCCCUGGCUCUGUCGGUGGCCGCGGCGGCCACGUCCAUCGGCGGCUCCGCCGGCUCGGGCGGCAUGUCCUUCGCUUCGGGUGGCCCGGGCGGCGGCCUGGCCGGGCAUCCCUCUGGGCACUCGGCGUCGGCUUCCUCGCCGGCGGCCGGUGGUCACCAGUCCGGGCGUGGCGGUCCGGGUGCCGCACGCGGCCCCGAUGCUCCUGGGUCCUCGGGCACCCCGAGCGGCGCUCCCGGCCCCGCCGGUGGCCACCACUCCUCGCAUUCGGUCGGCCUGGGGGCGGGCAUUCUCCCCGGCUCCGGGUCUGGCCUGUCGUUUGGCAACGCCGAGUCCAGCCACCCGGCCGGCGGCUAUGUGGCCCUUUGGGAUCUCCUCCUGCCGACCGAGCAGGCCCUGGUCGCGUCCGUCUACCUCCCCGGUCUGCCGGGCGGCUGCACAGCCAUCAACUUGCUCCCCCAUCCGGUGACCAACCAGCUGAUGCUAGUGGCUGGCGGUCGGCGCGGACACCUGGCCGUGGCCCUGCUCAAUGAGCUGACUUCCAAGGCGGCCGCCACAGCGGCCACGGUCGCUGCGUUGACAACUCCCUCGCUGUCCGGGGCGAGUGGAUCCGGCGGCGGGUCGCUGGGCAGUGCCGGGUCGCUGGCCGGCGUCGGCCCCCUGGCCGGGCAAAACAGCAACGAGGUCGGCACCGGGGAGGCCAUCCCCCCGGCACGGCCAUGCCCGGCGGUGGUUGUACCUCUGUCGGCCACGGCCUCCAACGCGCCGAUCACCCACCCAGGCUCGUCGCUGACCGGCUCGCACUCCAUGAGCAACCUCUCGCACUUUGGCCAUUCUGGCAGCCACAGUGUGUCGGGCUCCUCGCUGGCAGGCGGCUCCCUGUCGACCGGUGGCCAUGCAUCCCUGCCGCCCUCGCCGUCGGGGAAUCUCCAGCACAGCUCCAGUGCCACCCUUGGCCGGAGUGGAUCCUCGGCCUUGGGCGGGUUCUCCUCGUCCUCCAGCCCGACUGAGAGCGGGUUCCCCAUCCGGUCCAUCGGCUCAUCGUUGCAUUCGGACCAGAUCUGGACCGUGUCCUCGGACUCGACUCUGCGUUCUUGGUGCCCGGUGCGCAUUUGCUGCACCAGCAUCGUGGCUUCCCCACGCGCCGACGCCCUCCAGCACACGGGGCCCAUCUCCUAUGUGGACAACACGGGCAGCGAAAUCUCCGGCCCGUUGGCCUUCUCCCCGACCUUCCUGGCCCCCGGCCCGCGGGUGCCCCACUCCUCGAACUCCCUUGCCUCGUCGUCCUUCUCCAUGCGGUCGGUCUUCAACCAGCUCUUCCGCAACCAGGACCCCCGUGCUGAGGCCCCGGCCAACUUGUGGAUCGAGGCGUCAGUCUCCUCGCCAGUGGCCGGUCGUGGUGGGGUCCGCCCGCCAGGAGGCGCGGCCAACGCCCGGGGCCCGGCGGGUGCCCGUCGGUCGGCCGGCGGCCCGCCCCAUACGGAGGCCAUCUUGACGGCCGGCUGCGAUGGUGUCCUCCGCUGGGUGACCGGCGUCUUCUGA